CACAUACAAUUUCGAUUAAAAUUCAAUUGUUUAUAUCUAGAACGUAAUAAUUCGCUGAAAAUUUUUUAUUGCAACCUUUAGCAACUCAAUCGAAACGGCUGGCCGCUAUGAACGAAUCGGUGCGCUAUGAGCGCUGCCAGCAAGUACAGCUGGGCGUGCUAACCGAAUCCCAAGAGGGUAUCAAAGCGUCCGAAUCGGAUGUACCACAGGGCAUUGGUAACGUGCUGUGCACUCACGAUGGUGUGCUGCUGAAGAAAGCCAAUGCCGAACACAUUGCCGAGCUGAACACCAGCGGCUCCUUGUCCUUGGUGGAGUACAGCCAGCCAAGGCGUCGUCUGUAUCUGGAGUGGCAGCCGAACGAUAGCAUAAUGAUAGCCGACGAUAGCCAGGAUCAGGGCGAUUGGGCGCUGGUUGACAGAAUCUCGGGUCGCACACGUACCACAUCCGAGUGCAGCGCCUUCAACACAAAGCCUGCGGAGAUUGGCAGCAAUGGGAAUGCGGGAACUGCCCGUGCCCGGAUAAUGCGCGCAUUAUUAGAUGAUUUGGCUGCCGUUGAGGUGCGGCAUCGGGGUCAGACAAUACGAUUUAUGCGUAAAUCCGAUCAUGGCGUACACUGCGAGUUCUUCUUUCAGCAUGGAAACGCAGAUCUGUUUGUACGAUCCAUGCGGCAGCAGCACUUCAUCGAGAGCUCCGAGACGAGUCGCGGUGGCAGCGAGGAGUAUGCCAUACUGAACACGGAAAAUCAGAAGCUCAAAAAGACCUUCGCCGAAUUGGACAUUGGCGAAAUCAAGGCUAGCCAGCUGCCCCGGGAUAGCUGGCUGCCCAAUAAGCUGGCCGGCUUUCUGGGUACCAUACCGGACUAUGUGCAGCCAUCGUUUCAGCGAUCCCCGAAAUCACGCCCUGGUUCAUUGGUGCACAACGAUCGGCAGACCUCGCCGUCGGACAACUAUCAGUUCAUCAAGCUAAGCGGCAGCACGAAUAGCGCCUGCUCCUCGAACAGCCAGAGUCGCGGUGAGAGCGCCGACAAAUCGCCAGCGGACAGUGAACUGGAGAAUCUGAAUGCACAGGAUGAGAAAAUAGUUAACAACCUGCCAGCUCGCCAGAGCGUGCAUCGCGGUCAACCGCUCAAUGAAGCUCAGUGGCGGGAGUUUCAAACCCGUGAUGGCUGUAUCUCGGAUAGCCAACGCAUCAAGGAGAUCAUCUUCCGAGGUGGCAUUGUGCCCAGCCUGCGUGCCGAGGUCUGGAAAUACUUACUCAACUAUUAUCAAUGGUCUGACACGGAAGUGGAGCGCCUUGAACGGCGCAAACUAAAAUCGUUGGAAUACUACAAAAUGAAGGCUCAAUGGCUUUCGAUGUCCACGGCUCAAGAAGCUAACUUUAGCGGCUAUCGCGAUCGCAAGUGCCAAAUCGAAAAGGACGUAAAGCGCACGGACCGGACCCAACCGUUCUUUGCCGGCGAAGAUAAUCCCAAUCUGUUGCUACUUCAAGGCAUACUAAUGACCUAUGUUAUGUACAACUUCGAUUUGGGCUAUGUCCAGGGAAUGUCUGACCUGUUGGCGCCCAUACUCGAGAUUCAAGUGAAUGAGGUGGAUGCCUUUUGGUGUUUCGUCGGCUUCAUGAAUAUGGUGUUCAGUAACUUUGAUAUUGAUCAGGCCGGCAUGAAGACACAAUUCGCGCAACUGCGCCGAUUGCUCGAGGUGGCCAAUGCGCCGCUCUUCAACUACAUGUGCAGUCACGAUUCGGACAACAUGUACUUCUGUUUCCGCUGGCUGCUUGUCUGGUACAAGCGAGAACUGGGCAACGAGGAUGUACUCAAACUGUGGGAGUGCCUGUGGACACGUCUACCUUGUCCCAACUUCCAUUUGCUCUUCUCGGUGGCCAUACUCGAUCAGGAGACGAACGUGAUUAUCGAUAGGAAAUACGAAUUCACCGAAAUCCUUAAGCAUGUCAACGAACUAACCGGCACCAUCGACUUGAAGCGCACUCUGGAAACAGCGGAGGCCAUCUAUUUGCAGCUAAAGGGAUCUGAGGCGUUGCCCAAUGAUAUACGCCACAUCAUUGGCGAACCAUUGCUGCCACCAGUGGAUGGCGAGGUGCGGCCGGAGGAGGAGCCUGCCUACUCAGACGAUGGCUUCGAUGAGCUGGGCGAGCUAACGCCUGAGGAGAAGCGUCGCAAUGAUGAACUGCUCGAGGAGGCGUUAGAGCGAUCCUUAUAUUUAAAUUAUAUGUAGGAACGAAGCCAAAACUAAGCCGAGGGC